UUGAUUUUUUGAUACGUUAUGUGAACAUGUUAUAUGAGUGAAAUAACUGCACAUGUUAGUCGAAUUUGUUUAAUUUAUUAAUUUAUAUUAGUUAAGUUGUUAAAACAGUUUCUAAAUGGUAAUAUGAGUUUUUAUUUUAUAAGUGCUAGUGCAUUUAGGGGCGAUUCUGAUGUUUGGGUGGAUAAACCUACCCAAAGAGGAAUCAUUCUUUAUUCCGUAGUUACACCUAUUUUGUGUUGUUUUGGCAUUUUUGGCAACGCUUUGUCGCUGAUUGUUUUAAGAAGAAAAGAAUUGGUUGGAUCUGUUUAUACAUAUUUAGCAGUUUUAGCUGCAAUGGAUUUAGGUAUGUCGUUUGCGUUACUAUUUGGAGGAUUAAGUAAGGGAGUUAUGUGGUUCCAUGGUUGGAAUACUUACGAUUCUUUGAUUGGUUUGCCACUAAGCGAAGCUAUGAAUACCCUUAGUGUUUUUGCUGUAGUGGGUCUAACCAUUGAUAGAGUUACUUAUUUGUGGAACCCAGUUCAAUGUACCAAACCAAAGUUUUGUCAGCCAUGGGUGGCGAGACGUAUAAUGUUUAUAAGUGUACUUAUAUCAAUCGUUUAUAACCUACCAUAUUGUUUCAUAUACACUUGGGAUAGUGAUGAUUCCUUAACAACAACUGCUUUCUUUGAUUCCAAGUUUUAUUUAGCUUUCAAUUGGAUUACGUUAUUUACUUUUGCGGUUAUACCCGCAGUUAUAUUAUUAUUAGGAAAUGGAUUUCUGAUAAUGUCGUUAAGGAAAGCGAUGAAAAUAAAAAAGAGGUCAUUGUGUAGCAAGAAAUGCAAAAGAAGAGACCACACUCAUUUAACUAUAACGCUAGUGAUGAUAAUUGUGUUUUUUCUGAUGACAAACAUUCCUGAAAAUUUAGUAUCCAGAACGGCGGCCAUCAAUCUACUUUUUCGUGGUGAUCACGAUAGAGCAAACACUGAGCUUAUAGAAAAUCUGCGACAAGCAUAUGCCAUCAUUGGCGCAAUCAAUGUUAAUAUCAAUUUCAUUUUCUACUAUACAUUUUGCCCGGCCUUUUGCAAGGUUCUAACAAACGUUUUGCGUCGAAGAAAGAAGAUUGUUUCAAAGCGAUUGCAAGUGAACGUCUUUGUUCUGAACGCAAAUUCCAAAUCUGAUAAACUAAGUUCGAAAGACGUUAACCAUCCGCACCCCAAAAUGAACCAUAAAGUCUGGGAAAUAUCUCGCAAAAGCAUCGAAUCCGCCUUUUCCAUCAAAUUGCCCGAGACAGACAAGGAUAAAGGCAAGAACGAUUGCGUCAUAAUGGACAAUAACGACUACGUUUCGAAAUGUUCGGACGGAAUCUUGGAUUUGGAAGCGUACGUGCCUCCAUUUAGCACUAUUUUAGAGGAAUCGUCAACUUUCAGUACUAAUACUAAUACAUCUAAUAAAAGUUAAAAUGUAAUAGUGAUAUAAUUUGUGCUCAAGGGCAUAACAACUUAAUUCUUUAUCAUAUCUUGCUUAAAAUAUGCAUUUUUUUGGAUAUGGAUGUUAUAAGAAUUUGUUUAACAAUCCUAUUUAACAAAUAAAUAUUUCCUAAAAAAGUGGGUUUUUGCCACUGGAAGAAAAUCUGCAAAAUAAAAAUGUUAUUUUUUGGAAAUGCCGCUGCGUUGGAAACACCGCUGCGUAAACGGAAACCAGCUUGUCAGUGGCUUUUUACUAGUAAAAUAAAUUUAUAUAAUCGAUAGAAAGCUUAACAUAAGAACAACUAUUCAAGAACAUUAUUAUUAUUAGAUAUUUUAAAUAGAUUUUCUUUGUUUUAUUUUAUUUUGACGACUGAUAUACGGGAUAUACUUCUUGAAAUAUUAAGCUUUUUUGUCGGUUAGGCAAAUUUGUUUUACUAGUAAAAAGCUAUUGACAAGCUGGUUUGUGUUUGGAUUCAACGCAGCGGUAUUUACAAUACCUUUUUUAUUUUGCAGAUUUCCUUCCAGUGUCAAAAAACCAAGGUUUUUUCUGUGUUUUUCGAGUAUAACUAUCCUCAAUUGAGGGAAUAAAAGACAUACAUACAGUGGGGGCUACUAGUUUCGAGACAGUUGCGCCUCAUCUUCAGGCCACAAGACAAUAAUUUUUUUCUUAUUUUUUAGGUCUUAAGUAUUCUAUUUUAAGGUCUUAGGUCUUAAGACAAUAAAAAUUUUGUAUUGUCGUAGGGCAUGAGGCUGAGGUUGUAACGUUACGGUAGUCACCCUCUGUAAAUUAAAAAAAAUAUAUAUACCUAUAUUUAAUUUGAUGGAGAUUGUGAGAAUUUUAUUUCUUGAAUUGAGAAUAGUUAUGAUUUAAAGAAAUAAAUAUUUUGAUUUAUUAAAAAUUUGAAUGACUAAAAUUGAAAUAUAUAAAGCUUUUUGAUUUUGGAUACAUUAAGUUCAACAGACAAAGUAAUUAUCUGUGUAUUAAUCAUAUAGGACAAUUAAGUCAAGUGUUUGAGUAUUAGAUAUUUGUAAUUUGUAUAAUUUCAUAAUUCGAUCAUCGACGUCAUCAU